UCACAGAUUGCCUUUGGUUUAUUCACAUUGCCCUGUUGCAAUGAAGAUGUUCCAUCAGGAUGCAGUGUUGUCAGUGAACCAGGCUUCACCAGAACUGGUGCGUGGGGUACAUGCGGUACAAGUUCCAAUAGCGGGGCCUGCACUGGUGGUGGUAUAAACAUCACCCCCCACCACUCCUCUCGCUUACAAUUUCAUCCUCACCUGCUGUUUGUCACCUUACUAUCUACACUACAGUCACUUUCGACACUUUCAAGAUCGGAAAAUUCGUCAACUAAAGCCUGGAAUUUUGUUGGUGGCAACCAGCGUGAACUAGCUAGAGCCAAAAAUGCAAAGAAACAAAAUGAAGGGAAGAAGGGGCAAGCUUCAGGUGCAAAGGAUGGAAACAAGGGUCUAACUCUUGAAGCUCGAAAGCAGCGAGAUGCUGAAAUGAUGCGGUUAAAGCAACAAAAAGCUGCAGGUAAAAAAGAUGAUGAAGGUGGUAAGAAGUAACUGCAAAGAUAUGGAACAUGUCUCCAAAGAUACUUCUGAUGGUGUGAAGAUAUUCACCAAUUUUUAUGAGAAUUAUAUAGCCAUUUUGGAAUAGUGUGCUACUUUACUCAGCAUUGGAUAGGUUUCUUUUUACUUGUAAUAUAAGGACAUCAUUGUAGAAGAAUGACGGAAUUAUCUGCUAAUAUGGAUGUAGUGGCAAGUGGGAAAAUUAAAAUAAGUGAAAGAUACAAAUUGGUACUCUUUAGAUGGAUUUGGGUAACUGUGCACUACAUUGUGGAUUUUUUGUAUUACGUAUGCUCUUUUACUACUAGUGAUUGGAUUAUCCAGUAUCUAACAUCAUGGUAUUAAAUUGGCAUGAAAAUUUAAUGUAUCUUCCAUAUUUGACUUUCUUGUAUUUGUUCUACUUGUUUUUCCAGGACAUUAAUUUUAAGGAAAUAUAUUUAAUUUAGAAAAAUAAACUUUUAAUAUACUGUAAUUGUUUUAUCUUGUGAAUGAUUAAUCCUCAGAGAAAAUUCUUGUUAAACUUGUGUAUUAUGAAGCAACAAUUUUUAAAAAUCAAUAUAAUUUUAUCUUACAAGAAAAUAAAGUAUUACAGCUAGUAAUUCCUUCCCAGCCAACUUAAAUGUGCAUGUUUUUGGCCUAGAUUUUCAGUAAUAAGCUUACCUUGGCCAGCACUACUUUUUAAGAGUACUGUACUAUAUAUGUAUACGUAGUAUUGUGUGAUUGUCACUUGCAUAUGUAUACAAAUUUAAUAUUUCUAAAUAUAGCCUCAUGGGGGUACAGACUGUACAUGUCAAGUUGUAUUUCAGCAUUGUCCCAAUAUUGAUUUGUUUGGAGAGCAUAUUUGUUUCUUAAUUGUUUAAUUAUAUACAUAAAAUACUUGCAAACACAUUACCAAUCUCCCUUUUGCAUGUAAAGUACAGUACGAUUGGAUUUCCAAAAGUCAUUUCAUUAUAGUAUUGAAACAUUCACUGUCUUGUUGUUGUUGUCUACUUUCUUAAAUCAGUGCUCAACUAAACUCAUCAUCGAGUUUUGAUGUAAAAAUACAGUACUGUUCUAUAUAUGAAUAUAUCUGUAUAAUGCAAUCAUAAUUUGGCAGUUUGAUAAAUCAUCUGCUAUGUGCUCCACUAGCAAAGCUGCAGUUCCAAAUGUACAUUUGCAGAUUCUCCCUUUCUUAUUUAAUUACUUUUUUAAGUAAAAUGAUACACAUGCAA